AUGUCAUGGUUUCUUCUCUCCAAGAACCUUAUGAGGUUGGAAAAAGGAAUGUUGUGGCCCAACUCCAUGGGUCAGUACAGCAUUGUGAGCUACAUGGGUCUUGAGCUAUCAUGGCUGUCCAGACGAGUGACGACGUUGGUCACCAAGAUGGCAAGCAUGGUUGGCGCUGGAAAGGAGAGGCUCCUGUGGAUCAGCAACUUAAUGGACAGCAAGUGCAUCGAAAUCGACCGGGAAAUCAUGGAGAGUGUUGCACUGUAUGUCGAUGGCUUGCAUUCUGAGCUAAGUAGUGAUGGGUCGAGAAGACAGUGGCCGAAUCUUCGUCCGGUGUUGGCGAAGAUGCAAUCGCUGUCCAUGGCUGAUUUUGGUCUGGUCCUUGUCUUCACGCACGCCUUGACAGAGGUACACUUGCGUACCUAUUAUGAUGAGAAGAAGACUCCUGCAGAGCAAGACGAAACGCAGGAGGACGCAUCAUCACUGGUCGGCGAGUGCCGUAAGCUGUCCAACUACAUGCUCUACCUUCUGGUCAGCCACCCUGAGAUGCUGCCGGUCACCGGCAGCGUGGAUACCACUCUGGAGUUCUUUGUUCGCAAGGUCGCCGAAUACGAAGACGGCGGCGGCAAAGUCGAUCUCAUGUGCGGUACACGUAAGCUGCUGGAAGAUCAGAUCAGUUUGCACCUUGUCCAGCCAAGCAAAGAGACGCUGGAGGAGAUCAGAGACUUUUGGCUGAGGCUCCUCUUGUAUGCCGCCGGCAAGUCCCGAGGGGACACCCACGCCGCGCGGCUGGCCGGAGGUGGCGAGCUUCUCACCUUCGCUUGGUUGCUCAUGGCCCACCUUGAAAUCGGGGAUUCCUGGCUCCGCAGGAUUGAACUUGGCGAUACAAGUGGUGGGGACAUGAGGCCUGAGCUAGCCUAUGUCUUCCCGGGUGGCCAUGUUUGA